ACCCCCGAGAUGCAGAAAGCGCUGGACCCUGAGGUGGCCGAGCUCCUUCAUGGGGACCUGGAUGGGGAGAAGAUGGCAACUUCCCUGAGCACCAUGGGGCACCUCGAGAGCCUGGAGCUGCUGGACCUGUUGUUCGAUGGGCAGGAUGGGAUCCUGAGAGAUGUGGAGAUGGAAACAGACUGGGGGCACACAGAGGAUCAGCGGAUCCUGCCCUGUGGAGACCCUGAAGAUUUUCUCAGCUCCAUCCUGGGUGCGGAAGACUCUGCAGGCAGCUCCCCCGCGGCCAGCGACAGUGGCAUCUCCGAGGACCUGCUUUCCGACCCGCAGGACACCCCUCCGCGCCCCGGGCCUGCACCCACUCCGGCUGCACCGGGAGCUGGCAGGGGGUCCUGCCCGCCCUACGGUCCUGGCCCCCCGGGCCCCUCCAGGCCACCCCCGCCUGCGCCACGCGUGCUCGAGGCCUCCGUGGCCAUCGACCUGGAAAUGUGGAGCCCAGAACUAUACCCUGAGGAGCAGCGCACAGAGUUGGCAGACACACCCCCACGCUGCAGCCUUACUGUGAAAGACCUUCUCCUCUCCGGCAGCAGCAGCAAUGGCGGGGACCCGCAUCACCCCACGAACCCUCACCUGUUGUGUCUCGGAACUGGACAUAGCCAGGAGCUGGUGCUGACUGAGGAUGAGAAGAAGCUUCUAGCAAAAGAAGGAAUGACGCUGCCCACUCAGCUGCCCCUCACGAAGAAUGAGGAGCGAGUGCUGAAAAAAAUCCGCCGUAAAAUUCGAAACAAGCAGUCGGCUCAAGAGAGCAGAAAGAAGAAGAAAGAAUAUAUAGAUGGCUUGGAAACUCGGAUGUCAGCCUGCACCGCCCAGAACCAGGAGCUGCAGAGGAAGGUCUUGCAUCUUGAGAAACAGAACCUGUCCCUGCUGGAGCAGCUAAAAAAGCUCCAGGCAUUACUGGUUCAAUCUACCAGCAAGUCUGCCCAAGCAGGCACCUGCAUCGCGGUUCUGCUGCUGUCUUUUGCCCUCAUCGUCCUCCCCUCCAUCAGCCCCUUCGCCGCCAACAAAGCCGAACAGCCCAGAGACUUCGCACCAGUCCGAGUUUUCUCCAGAACUCUACACAACAGUGCUGCCUCUCGAGUGGCCCCGGACACCCAGAUGCCCUCAGUGGGGAGUCCAGGGAUCCAGCCCAAAGGGGCCACACCCCAGGAAGGGGCUCCGGACAGUCCCGGAGUGGACUGGGAACCUCAGGACUCGCUGAACUUGGGCAACUCCACGGAAGAGCUGGAUCACUCAAGUCUGAAGCACCCAAAUCUGGAGCACUUAAGUCGGGAGAAGUUGAGCCUGGAGCACUUGAGCCUGGAGCACUUGAGUCUGGUGGGAGGCGCCUUCCUGGAGUGGCUGAGUCUGUCCACCCUGCUGGGCUGGGCCUUGCCUGAACCCGCGCUCAGCCAGGGAGUCCUGGGGCUGGAGGCAGCGGUGGCUGGGGAGGAGCUGUAAGGAGCACUCCCAGCACACGGGACCAUGGGGGGGCCCUCGGCCCUUGCAGGUGGAAAAGAACAGACCUGGGGGGUCCGGGGGGA